ACAAUUUUGUACAUUCACUCAAUGCCAUGAAUGCUGUACUGACACGUCACAGUUCACCCGAAUUUCGUGUGUUUCUGUAGAGCCACGUGUUGAAAUGAAAGCUUGGAGUUGUUGAAUUCAACACAAUAGGCGAAGUGCCCCUUUGUACCUAUGAGUAAGUUGGAUCCACACACUGUGGUCUCCAUUGCUUCAGAUGCAGUAGAAACUCAAAAGUUUAGACCGGAAGUAAGUAAUUCCGAUCGCCGUCCGGCUUCUUCCGAACUCAACGACAAUAUGUUGCGUCCAAACGAAGGCUCAGUCCAAGCGCUCAUUGUAUGUUUUGUGGGAAUCUUUGUGUGCUAUUUCUACUAUGGAAUUCUGCAGGAAAAGAUAACAAGGAGUGACUAUGGCAACGGUGAGACCAAGGAACGUUUCAACUAUUUCUUCUGCCUUGUACUUGUCCAGUGCAUCAUCAAUGCUUUGUUUGCCAAAUCAGUCUUGUUAUUUAGUAAACCAGGCAAGGAUACAACGACCACCAAACUCUACGCAUUGUGUUCCAUCACGUACCUCGGUGCUAUGGUAGCCAGUAACUCGGCUCUGAAAUACGUCAGUUAUCCCUUCCAGGUGCUUGGCAAAUCAUGCAAGCCCAUACCAGUCAUGCUACUUGGUGUCCUCCUGGCUAGGAAGCGAUAUCCUCUUGUCAAAUAUCUGUGUGUCUUGCUGAUUGUCAUUGGGGUGGCAAUCUUUGUUUACAAGGAUAGUAAAGCAUCGUCAUCGGUAACGGAAAGUUUCUUUGGAUAUGGAGAAAUGCUUCUGAUACUUUCCUUGACCUUGGAUGGGCUGACGGGAGUAACACAAGAAAAGAUGAGAUCGGAGCACCAGACAGGGUCACAUUACAUGAUGGCUAAUGUCAAUCUCUGGUCUAUCGUGUAUCUGACCAUCACUGUCCUAGUGACUGGUGAGGUAUUUGAAUUUCUGGAGUUUGUCUCCCGUUACCCCUAUGUCGUUUGGAACAUUCUCACAUUUGGAGUUGCUAGUGCACUUGGCCAGCAUUUCAUCUUCGUCACGGUGACGACCUUUGGCCCGUUGACCUGUUCCAUCAUGACCACUACCCGUAAGUUCUUCACCAUCCUGGGCUCGGUCAUCUUGUUUGCCAACCCACUCGUGCCCAGGCAGUGGGCCGGGGUUCUCCUGGUCUUCACAGGGCUUGGGUUAGAUAGCAUCUUUGGAAAGACUAAACCACAGAAAGCAAAGUGACAGUCAGUCAGACAAGUGUGACAAGGAGGCAACCAGUGGGUUACAGGUGCCAAUGUUAAGAGUCCACAUUUGCAGUGUGUAUUUAAUGGUCAAUACCGAGGAAUUUUUUAAUGGGAACCUUAACCCUCCAGAAUCAUACCAGUUUCCCUAUUGUGCUGGACCCCAAUGGAAUAUUCUUGAACUCUCAAAAACCAUCAGUCCUUAAUCCUACAAAAUCAAAGGAUCUGGAUGGGCUACAGUUAAUGUUCAAACAGUUGAAUGGAUUCUCACCAUAGUCUAUCCUGAAUACUCCCAUACCCAUCCAAAUCCAAUAACUGCAAAAACUGUGAGGGUUACGGUUAUAUGUUAACAUUUGAAUGGAUCAUCACCAUGGCAUGUUACCCGGAUACUCCAAAUCCAUCAAAAUCCAUUAACUGCAAAAAUCCUCCAAAAACUCUUGAUGGAGUUUAAAGGAUCUGGAUGGGUCACAGUUAAUGUUAAAACAUAUGAAGGGAUCCUCACCAUGGUCUAACCUGGAUACUCCCAAGUCCAUCAAACUCCAACAGCUUUGACUUGAUUUUGAUGGAUGAAGGACUUCAGAGCCCUGGCACCAUUACUGGACUUUGGCAAUGGUGACAUACAUGGAUGUUCACAAACCGACAACAUAAAUCCACCAAGCUCCUACACUGGUUUAGCAUUAUUGGCCUUGAUGUGCCAUGUUUAUCUUCAGUGCAAUCUGUGUCAGUAUAUCAUGUUUAUACUUGAUGUUCAUAGAAUUGAGUGAAUACUCAGCACUGUGUUACUUCAAUACACUGUAUUCCCAAGUCCAUCAUCGGCUCAGACUUUUUUUUCGGAUGGAUUCAGGGAUGUAGAUUCCUGGCAUCAUUAGUUUUCAUGAGUGAAGUUUAGACUUAGCUUAAAUUUCCAUUGAAUUCCUACACCUGUUUCCACUUGAUUUUGAUUAAUUGAGGGGGGUGUAGCACUCUGGACCCAUUUUACUUGACAAUUUUCAUCGAACUUUCUUCAAUUGCAGUGUGUACUUGUUUUUUUUACAGUUUGAAUCGAAGGAAUCUUUACAAUUGAGGUAAAAUGUAUCUUCCGUAAUCCUUUACAAUCAACCUUCAUCCAUUGCUUGUAUUGGGUUUGAUUGAUUUUGAUAGAUACGGGACUGUGCAACCCAAGUACCAUUUUGUUUUACACUAGUGGCGUUUAAAAUUUGUUUGAGGGUAGAAUCUGACAAUUGUGUAUAAAGGAAAACCCAAAAUGCUUGAGGAAGGCUCAAUAUCACCAGGUUUCAUCUUGGAGGUUGUCUGGCCUCAAGGAAACUGGCUUUGAGGGACAUAAACUAGUGUGGAAACCAUUCAGGUGGUGAAGGAUUCUUUCCAGAGACUCGCCCUGCUUUUCUUGAUUUAAGAAAAUUAAUAAAUACAUUAUGUUUUAGUGCGUCUAGGUCUAAUUUUUAACGUUAUAGGAUUCACGGUAUCAUUUUCUUUAGUACACUGUAUAUGUAGAUAUAUUUUUAUUUACGAUAUUUUAUUGUAAAUAUAAUUACCUGGCAACUGCAGUAUUAUAUGUGUCCUAUUUUUCACAAAUGUCGUAGCAUUAACAGAAAAGACAAACAAUAUAAUAUUGCUUUAUACAUUGGAUUGUUUCAGUGUUGAAAAUUAAAAAUAUAAAAUCAGUAAUUAUAAAUUAAGAAGCAGUGAAUACCGAA